AUGUCUAGGAGAAAAGGGGAACGUAAAGGGAACGGACAGGGAAGGGGCGAUUCUCACCCACUGAGGCGGGUGCGGCUACUAAGCGAAGGCACGGUACGCGAUAACGGCGGUGAGACGGACGGAAGAGAGCCCUCACAGAGGCACGUGCUGCUACUAUGUAGUGGCGCGGUACGCGACAACGGGUGCGAGGUAAGCGGAAGGGAAAGAAGCGUGGUACGCGAUAACGGGUGCGAGGCGAACGGAACGGAAGGAAGUGCGGAACGAGACGACGGGAACGAGGGGAACGAAAGGGAACGAACGAGUUCCGACGGGACCGGGAACGGCAUGAACGAGCGCGUGGGAGGACAUGAGAAUACGAAGGGUGAGGGACCGAUCCAUGGAGGUGCGUCGACGGACGGAGGAGAGCAAAAGCGAGAGGAACGGGGUACACCUGCCGAUGGAGAGGGCUACGAGGGGACAACGAUGAUACCUGGGUGGUUAUGGUGGCAAGAAGGAGAUGCUGCAGAACACGCACCAGAAUACCAGGGAUCCCUUUGUAGUGUGGGCAGGACGGCAGUAUUGCAACUCGAAAUAGUGGGCCAUAGGUGUGAAGGACUGCUAGACACGGUCCAGGAGCUUUAUUCGUCCGACUAUUGUGGAACGACUGGGUUUGUAGAGUGUUUCACUGGAGAUUUCCUGUUUGAGCCAAUACCGUAUUCUGUAAUUCUCGGGAUCGAUUGGCUAGUUAACCGCAAGGUGGCGUGGUAUUUCCAAUCGGACAAGCUCAGGACAUAUGUAAAUGGGCGGUGGUGCGAUCUGCCAGUCUUGCGUAAAGAGGGCAAGCAGACACAAGGCACACUGGCCGACUCGGAACCAAUCAAAACGGCGGCGGACCACGCCUAUGACGAAUUGGCUAGGCAAGUUGCAAUAAUGACAACGGAAGAGGCGGCAGCAUUUCUUCACCCCCCCUCAAAACGAUAUCAAUCUAGGCAUCGAGCAGGAUAUCGGGUGAAGAUAAAGGAUAUCCUAAGGGAGGCGCGGAAAGACACAGCAAUCUUAAAGAGGGCUAUAGAGGGACUACACUGUGCAGUUGUUCUACCGGCAGCUGAACCUGAUCGCGUUGUUCACGUACCCAUAGAGCGUCAGGGUCCACUACUGUGUGCGAUCGUAGAACAUAUGAAGACAGUUUUGGAGAUGAUUGGCGGCGCUGCAUACUUUUUGACUCUGGACCUAGAAACGGGAUUCCGUCAAAUUCGUAUGGAGCGGGAGUAUAGGUGGAAAACGGCCUUUCGUUCAGUACAAGGCCUCUUCGAAUAUAAGGUUCCUGAUUCGAGCAAGCCCUACACACUUUAUACAGAUGCCUCGGGAUAUGCUAUUGGCGCUGUGUUAGAACAGGAAGGCAAGCCGGUGGGAUUCCUCAGCCAGGUUAUGAGCCCAGCUCAACAGAAGUACUCCAUAUACGAUCAGGAACUCCUGGCACUCAUACCAGCCCUGGAUAAAUGGCGCCUUCUUCUCCGAGGCGCCAAGGUCACUGCCUACACCGACCAUCAGGCUCUCACGUACCUCCAACGUACCAAUAUGCAGAAUCCCUUACGCGGACGCACGGCGAGAUGGGUCGCAGAUAUACUUUUAAGUUUUGUCGCCCUUACCUAUACAUCUGCGUACAUGGCCUCUGGCGCAUCUGUCCUCCUACACUGCCGGAAUUCCUAUCCCAUCUUCUUUAUCGACACCACGACCACGUUAGCGCUGGACAACGUGGCGAACGGAAGACGUUUCUAUCUCUCAUGUCGCGCAUCUAAGGCGCUAUCGCAGAAGCCGGCAGGUCUUCUUCAACCGCUCCUCGUUCAUUCGCGCCGCUGGAGCCAAGUUAGCCUUGAUUUUAUAACAGAACUGCCCCUCACCCCCCGUGGACAUGAUUGCAUUCUCGUUAUCGUUGAUUCGCUCAGCAAAAUGGCACACAUCAUUCCCACGAAGAAGUCUGCAUCCACAGCGGAUACCAUCGAACUCUUUGCCCAGAGACUAAUUAGAUAUCAUGGAUUCCCGGAUGUCUUGAUUUCCGACCGUGAUCCCCGGUUUCAAUCCCAGCUAUGGCAGCAGCAUUGUCAGCGAUUUCGCAUCAAGCGCGCAAUGUCUUCUCCUUAUCAUCGGCAAUCCGACGGUCAGACGGAGAGGGUCAAUCGCACGUUGGAGCAAAUGCUCCCCACGUACAUUCAGACGGACGAACGUGAAUGGGAGCGCCUGCUACCAGCGCUCGAGCUCGCUUACAACACCACCAGUCAUUCCUCCACAGAGCUCAGUCCCUUCGAAGUUAUGAUCUGUCAGAAUCCUGUCACAGCAGCAGACCUUAAUGUCGUUGGUAAUCUCGCGCCCACCCUGACCCCGCCUAUGACCAAACUGUUCCAGCAGCUGUGUGACCGGGCCCAGAGUCAUAUUAUUAAGGAGAAGUGGCAGCAGAAACGCUAUGCAGAAGCUCACCGACGAGAUGCGCAAUACAACCCAGGCGAUCGGCUUGUUCCCGAUCGCUCACGCGACCCUCAGAUGAAGUCCAAAGAAGCCGCUGUUGGGUGGCUGCCGGUGACGGGUCCAGACGGCACUCCCACCGAUAUUUACGAGGUCGACUAUAACCUCGACCAACGCGGUUCAGACGAAGAUAUCCAAUACCUCGUCAAAUGGCGUGGUGCUCCCGAGGAUCGCGCGACUUGGGAGCCCGCUGCCAACCUUACCAACUGCCCCGCCCUUCUUCGUGCUUGGCGACGUCAUCUCAGGCGCGCAAGGAAAGCUCAGCGGGGACCUCAGGACGUCGCCCCCGGCUCUGGUAACACCGCCUCAGCAUCGGCCUCAUCGCCGACGUUUUUCUCGCCGGGGAGGGAAGGAGUGGAGCGGCACCCUCCGGCAGCCGCACCACUCAUACCAGAGGGCAGCUGA